CAACACAUUUCUUCCACUGGACUUGACAGGGUCUUGACCUGCACUGACCACUCUCGACGUGUCUUUCACGCUUCAGCUACGCCCGUAGAGACAUGCGUCAGUUGAGAGCUUGUUGUUUUUGUUUCCAUUAUGACUUUGAUGGCUAGAUCUAGACAUUGCUCGUACAAUUACAAUGGUUUUUGUUGGCAACAACGUUGAUCUCGAGGAGCUGCUGUCUUCUGAACUCUUCACGAAUAAUACAAUUUCAAAAUUACUAACAUCCUAAAAUUGAUGCAAACAAAGGCAAGAAACCUUAGGUCAAGAGACUACGGUUAAAAGCAUCAUCAUGGAAAAAGAAAGACUGUCUAUAAAGAUGCAGAGGCAUCUAAGGCCUCUGACUGCUGCUCCGAAGAAAUCCCGGCCAUCUGCCUCCAAAUCUGGUGACUCUCGGCCUGUCACAGCCUCCGUUGCCCGUGGCAGAGGUGAUGUCAAUGGUCAUAAGAAGGCCAUUGCUCGACACAGCUUGCAAAAGUCCCAUUUACAUGCUACAGGAAGAUCAUCAGAGUCAGAUUUUGCUUCUCAAGUUGAUUCCCCUUUUGAUUUGACUCCUAUUGAGGAUGUGCCAGAAGAUUCAGAGCUGAUUGAUAUCGUGGAAGAGAAUAAUAAAACAGAAAUUGACUGUGCAGUGGCGCUAGAAUCUGCGGAACUUACUCCAUUGUCUACUGAAUCAGCAAGAAACAGACACCCGUCCUUUGAGACCUGGCUGUCUGGAUCUCCUCAUUCUAGUGAAGAGUUUGAUACUGAUGUUGAGGAUGAACUUUCUGAGACUCCUAUGAGCACACAGCUGGAUGCCACAGGGAGACUUGAGUAUGAGGAGCAGUGUCGGAGACAUGGAUUUAUACCAGUGUCAUAUCUGUGCCGUCACAUUGGGGAGCGUAAUGUGAGAAUGAGGCACAGAUAUCUUGGAGGAACAGCGACAAAACCCCUUGCUCUGGCAUUUAAGCACAACACUGUAACAGAAAACCUGGACCUAGGUGAUAACUACAUUGAGAGUUCUGGUACAUGUUAUAUUGCAAAUAUGCUGAAAGAAAACCAUUUCAUUACGUCACUGACUUUGUCCAACAAUGUUAUUGGGUCUCUUGGUGCUGAGGCUAUUGCUGAAAUGCUUGAAGUCAACACAACCCUCAAAAUGCUUUCCCUUGCCGGAAAUCAGCUUUCAGAUACAGAUGCCUACCAUUUUAUAAACCCUUUGAAGAACAAUAUGUCCUUGAUGAGCUUUGAUCUGAGCCACAAUGAGUUCUCAGUCAUGGGAGGGAUCCAUUUAGGUGGUGCUUUGUCAGUCAAUGAAGGUAUUGUUGAUCUUGACCUGAGCUGGAACUGCCUACGGAAACAAGGAGCUGCUGCCAUCGUAAACUGUUUAAGGUACAAUGUCACUUUGGAGGUUCUAGAUUUGAGUUGGAAUGGAUUUGGUCUGGAGGGUGCUAUGGCUUUACAGAAAGCUCUACCGGUGAACACAACACUCAAAGUGCUUGAUCUGACCUGAGCAUGAAUCCUUUGGGGGACCAAGGAAUAGAGCAGAUUCUCAAAGCUUUGGCCAUUCACCCAAAUUUGCAUUUUCUAGGAAUUGAGAACUGUGCGGAGCUAGGAGUGACAAAAGCUAAUGCUACACUCAUACAGCAGCUGGAGACAGAAAGAGGAAUUGUCAUUCUUCAUGGUGGAGCUGGGGGCUUUAAUAGAACAUCAGAAGAGAAGUCAGUGACCAAUGUCAUGAGACUGUUUAACACAUUCCUCAAGAAGAAGAAGGGGGAGCUGAGGGAACACUUCAAACAAUAUGACAAAGACAAGACUGGAGUUCUACAAGUGGAUGAUGUCAAAAUUUGCCUGCGGAGUGCUGGGCUCAACCUGACCAAUCGUUUCCUAAAUCUGCUUGUAGAAGAUAUGGAUUCCUCUCACUCAGGUGAAAUCAACUACAAGGAUAUACUCUCUGGUGCAGCAUUCUCCGAACACAGCAGACGCAGACCGUCUCGAGGUUUUCAGCUCUUAUCGAAGACCAAACUUGAGCCAGAUUCGGAUGAGGGCUAGCAAGACUUUUCCAAGAAAAACUUACCUAGGAGAAAAAAACGGUUUUAAAAUUCAUUUAUUAUGUGUACAUUGUACUAAAAAACCUUGAUCAAAGGAAUAUAAAAAUAUUGGAAGUCACCAAACUUGGGUGGUUUUUUUCUCGCUAAUUUUACAUCUGACACUUGGCAACCAUCACCGCCUUUAAUCACAAAUAUUUUAACUUGUAUUUAAGAUAAAUGAGUAAUGUUUUCAUCAAAAGUAUGGCAAAUGAACAGGCUUUAAGAAUAUACCAAUAACUUUACAUUUCCAAAACUUGAAGAGUGCCUGAUUCCACUCUUUUGUAACAUAUCGUUAGCAUUGCAAGCAACCCACUUAAGUCUGUUUGAGUAUUUAUUACACCAGAGACAAAAAACUACUCUUUGUUGUGUUGUUCCUGUCAGGAAUCAUGAAAAGAAAGAAUAUUGUAAGCCCUGACCAUAGCAUUACACUGCAUUAUGGUGAUGUUGAAAGGUGCAUCUU